AUGGGUACAGUGCUAUCCCUGUCGCCCGGCGGGUCUGGGAAGGGCAGCCAUGGGGUGCUCGGCGAGAAGGCGGCUCCGGGCAGAGCUCACGGCAAAGGCGAGAGCCGCUUGAAGCGGCCCGGCGUUUUGAUUUCUGCCCUCACCUGGAAGCGCCUGGUGGCCGCCUCUGCCAAAAAGAAGAAGAACGCGAAGAAGGUGACGCCCAAGCCGGGCUCCGGAGGCGCCUCGGAUCCUCUGGUGCAACAACGCAACCGCGAGAACGUGCGCAAGUCCCAGCCGGACGGCACCAAACAGGGUCCCUUGGCUGUCCCGGUGCCAACUGUGCCCGUCUCGGUCCAAGACAACGGAAAACCGCCGCCGCCCCCGCCGCUGCCCAGCAACCGCUCGGCCGCGGGCUCCCCGCGGAGAGUGAUCGUGCAGGCUUCGACGGGCGAGCUCCUCCGCUGCCUCGGGGACUUCGUGUGCCGCCGGUGCUACAGGCUCAAGGACCUGAGCCCCGGCGAACUCAUCGGCUGGUUCCGCAGCGUGGAUCGCUCGCUCCUGCUCCAGGGCUGGCAGGACCAAGGCUUCAUCACCCCCGCCAACCUCGUCUUUGUGUACCUGCUGUGUCGCGAAGCGCUGCAAGGCGACCAGAUUGGCAGCCAGGCGGAGCUUCAAGCCUCCUUCCUCACUUGCCUCUACCUGGCCUACUCCUACAUGGGCAAUGAAAUCUCCUACCCGCUCAAGCCCUUUCUGGUUGAGGGUGACAAGGAGCGCUUUUGGGACCGCUGCCUCUCCAUCAUCCAGGGCCUGAGCGCCAAGAUGUUGCAGAUCAACUCUGACCCGCACUUCUUCACGCAGGUCUUCCAGGACCUCAAGAAUGAAGGCGAGGGGGUGUCCACAAAGGACUCCUCCAGCACCAACAAACACUGGACUAUAAGCUUGGACCGUUAG